AGCCUGGGAAAGGGAGGUGUUUUUCUUCUUCUCUGGGACAGCUUUCUAAGGCUCUGGAGUUAUAAAAGGCUCUCGUGUGUCAUUCCCUGGCAUCCGGACAGCUGCGGAGUGCUGCUCAGCAAACUCUUCUACUCUACGCAGGCUUACAGCAGAAGGUUGUCACAAAUCUGUUGUGAAGAGAGCGGUUGACUUAUGGCAGGAACCUAAUACAAAACACACUUUUCUGUUCCUAGAUGGAGUCAUGCCAAUGCUACUGCACAACUGGCAAAUGUGGUUUGGGGAUAUGAGAAAGGACACAGAACCUUUUUGAGGACAGGCCACCAGACAGGACCUGGCUUGUCGAUCUCAGGCCCAUGGCGACCUGCCCUGUCCUGCAGAAGGAGACGCUAUUCCAGACAGGAGACUACGCUUAUAGAAUCCCUGCUCUGAUCUACCUGUCGAAGCAGAAGACCUUGCUGGCCUUUGUGGAAAAGCGUCUGAGCAAGACAGAUGAGCAUGCUGAUUUGUUCUCCCUACGAAGAGGAAGCUACAAUUCAGACACCCAUCAGGUCCAGUGGCAAGCUGAGGAGGUGGUGACCCAAGCCCAGCUGGAGGGCCACCGCUCCAUGAGCCCGUGUCCCUUGUAUGACAAGCAGACAAAGACCCUCUUCCUUUUCUUCAUCGCCAUCCGCGGGCAAAUAUCAGAAUACCACCAGCUCCAGACUGGGGUUAAUGUCACACGGCUAUGCUACAUCACUAGCACUGACCAUGGGAAGACCUGGAGCGCCGUCCAGGACAUUACAGAUACCGCCAUUGGCAACACCCAUCAGGAUUGGGCCACAUUUGGUGUGGGUCCUGGACACUGUCUGCAGCUGCAAAACACAGCUGGGAGCCUCCUGGUCCCUGCUUAUGCCUACCGGAAACAAUCCUCUAUCCAGGCGCCUGCCCCCUUUGCCUUCUGCUUCCUCAGCCAUGACCAUGGGCACACAUGGGAGCUGGGCCACUUUGUGUCCCAGAACUCACUGGAGUGCCAGGUGGCUGAUGUUGGCACUGGAGCUCAGAGGGUGGUCUAUCUCAAUGCUAGGAGCUCCCUGGGAGCCAGGGUCCAGGCACAAAGUCCUAACAGUGGCCUGGAUUUCCAGGACAACCAGGUAGUGAGUAAACUUGUAGAGCCUCCGGGAGGUUGCCAAGGAAGUGUGGUUGCCUUCCCCAACCCCAUCUCAGGGGCAGAUGCCUUACAUGUGUGGCUGCUCUAUACCCACCCUACCGAUUCCCGGAAGAGGACCAACCUGGGUGUGUACCUCAACCAGAAGCCACUGGACCCCACGACCUGGUCAGAGCCCACCCUGUUGGCGACAGGAAACUGUGCCUACUCGGACUUGCAGAAUAUGGGGCAUGGCCCUGAUGGCUCCCCACUAUUUGGGUGUGUGUAUGAAUCAGAUAACUACGAAGAGAUCGUUUUCAUCACCUUCACCCUAAAGCAAGCUUUCCCGGCAGUAUUUGGUGCCCAGUGAUCUUGCUGCAUGCGGCCCAGAGUGCUUCCUUGUGCUUC